UGGCCCAGAUCUGCAGAUGCACGCGGCGGUAACAGAGCAACCGGGGCCGAGGGACAACAAGGGCUCUGGUGAAGAAGAGAGAGGCUGCCCAGUGAGGAGACAAUCCCGGGCCUGAGGAAGCUCGAUAUGCAGUUUAUUUUUCCUCCCGACAAAGACACGCACUGUCUCAGCUGAGUGGCUGGUUGUUAUUAAGACGCUGCUGUAAGAGGGGAAAACGUAUUUCAUAAAAGGCCCAGUGUUCGUGGUCUUCUUGGACUUGCUGCUGAGCUUUGGAAAUCUUGAGGUGUGACCAGUUUUCAGCCUUCCAAACCAAGAUGAACUGCCCUUGAGAAGGGGUGGUCGGAGGGGGGAAAUAUGUUCACGCUCUCGCUCCUGAGCCGGGGACACGGGAAGUUGGUCCAGAGCAAACAGAAGUUAGAAGUCUACUUUGAACCAGAGGAUUACUUGAACUGGAAGUCCCCAGAAGACUACAUCCUGGUCAACAAACCUCAGGGUGAGGACGGUACCCACCAGCCCUCCUGGAACCUCUUCCUUCCUAAAACGUUCAGCACUAGAAAGGGCGCCCUGAUCCUCUACUCAGAAGGUUUAGCCUUAUCAGCAUGGACACCCGAAGAAAGGAGAAAAGUCCCCUACCACCCCAAAAGCUACAGGAAGAGGCUGGAUCUUGAACUGCACACUCUUCAAGAUCUCAAAGAAGCUAUCCUAGUGUACGGCAGCAAGCAGGGGAAGCAGGACAGAGCCUGGCAGCCGUACCUCUACUUCCGAAGCCAGCUGGAGAGCCAGGCCCAACGGCAGAUCCAGCCUGGGUACUCAGCCAAGAGAUACCUCCGAGGCCUCUUGCGGACAUGGCCCCCUGACGCCAUGUACAGGCUCCAUUGUGCAGGAUACAUCAAGGAUUCUGUGCUGCUCCAGGACACUCAACUUAAUGUACCUAAGAAUCUCAGGCCACAACAGGACCUUUCGGGGGUACCCCCCAAAUACCAUUUCCUGCCAGUCUUCCCUCCAUUUUGGAUGCAACAAGGAAAAGCUUUUGGACAAGAUCAACAGGGCCCGGAUGAAGGGAAAGCUGGGGAUAAUGGACACGUGGACCAGGGAUCUUUAGCCAAGAACCUCGGCAGGCAGGGAAGCCGCUUGCCACCUCUCAGCAAGCAGCCCUGGCUGGAGGAGGAAAGCCGGGCAGAGGACACAUCAAUAGAGAAUCACCUUCGUGUACACGCUUCAAAGGAAAGCCACAAUAAAAAGACACAGCCAACCUCCAGGAAGGCCGCCGGGCGCGCCCACAUAGAUCAUUCUUGGCUCCUGAGUGACCAAUCCCACGUUACAUUCUAUGGCAGUGCCUUCCCUAGCAGGAGGGCAGAUCUCAGCGACAGACAAGGGAAUGUGAAACUGCACGAGGCCCGAAGCGGCCACUGGGUUAAACCUGCUGAAAGACGCCUUUUCCCUCCUGUAGCAUCUGCCACCGGCUCAGAAAAUAUAACCCACGGGGAAGCAAAGAAGAAAAAGGCUUUGAAAUUACCUCCUAUCUUGGAAGAACCACCUAGAGUCCUGGACCCCCUGAGGAGCCAACUUAAAGUCAAUGAGUCCCCUGAAGAGCUCUUCAUCUUUCCCGUGGAGAUUCAUUUCCAUACCCAGCACCCUACAAGAGAGAAAGCCCACAAAAGAGGUGCUCCACGCCCUGAGUCAGAACAAAAAACAGCAGAGACCAGGACUUUAUGGAGAUCUUCCACGAAGUAUGCGUCUUUAGAAAGACCAAGAGGGUUAACAAUGCAUCUCCCGCCAGUGGACACCGGCAAGAACACGCUCUCGCCUCAAGAGGAUGAUGUCCUGCCCCGGAAUGCAGCACCCGCUGUGGGCCUUCUACCCCCAAUUAAAGGAAGAAGAAGUCCAGAGAGCCAGAAGAGCCGGCACAGCCCCAAGACAUCAGGCAGCAUUAGCCCCAGCAGACCCCCAAGUGUGAGACCACCUGGGAGCCCAUUGCCGUCGGGACAAGAAGAUUCCAGAGACCCCACGCUGGGACACUUCCUGCUGGGUCCAGAUGGAGCAAACGUCUGCCUGUCGCUCUCAGGGCUUACUCAAAGUGAGGCGCUUCCAUCGGGCAAAGCUGUCAAUUCAAAUAUCAGCCAUGAAGAGGAAGAGUCUAGUAUUCCGCAUUUCCUAAAAGCGAACGCUGAAUCUGGAACCAAUCUUCACACAGACCUUUGUGAAACCUCGUCUUUGACUCAAACAGCAAAGAAACAGGGAGCCCAGCAGUCCUUGGCAGCAGCAGCUCCGAAGACAGGAGAGCCUCAAAGUUGUAUAAAUAAAGGGCUGAUACGUUCAAACGGAAAAGAAUUUUACACGCGCAAGCUGCACAUCGACAUGACGCCGUUCCUGAAGGAAAGUGGAGAUGAACCGGACUACGAUGAAGAAUCAGGAGGACUCCUCGGGGAAAAUCAAUUCAGCCAAGACCCAGAGCCAAAGAGUGUGACCUCUGACCUUCUCAGUGCUUCCCUGGCUAAACACAUCCAGACCCCGGAGGCAGAUACUGUACAAAAGGCGGACAGAGAUUAUGAUGUACACCAUCUGCACAGAGGACUUCCAGGACCCGAGCCCCAGUCACCAGAGAGGGUGGGUGCUGCGGAUACUUCUCGUCCUCCUAGAGAAAGAGACGGGGAGCCCAAACCGACCCUGUUCAGCCAGCAGACACCAGCCAGCAUCAGUCAUGAGGAGGAAUUGAUUGACAAAGCCAAGAGAAGGAAAAGAACCAAGACAGACAAGACUAAAGCACCCAAAAGGGAGAAGGAACGGGCAGUCUACAGGGAAGCAGAGGCUGUUGUCGGGAAGACAAAGGACUCAAAGUCUGAAAAGAAAUUAGAACUAAUUCCCAAAGGAAGAAAAACAAGAGCCAAAAAGAAAAGUGCACAGAAGGAAAGGAAUUUGGAGGGAGCAGCAGGGCUAAGUGGGCCUGGUGCCAUGAACUCUCAGGAAACAGGAGAUGCCUCAGACAGAGGGAUCUUCCCUUCAGACUCUGUGGUAGAGGACCCUUGGCUUUCUCCCAGAUACGAUGUUGAGGAGAGCCAAGUUUCCAUAGAUGGAAGAUCACCACCCACCCAGAGCAUGGCUGUCACUGGCAACAGGGAAUCUGAAGAGAGAAGCCAUGAUGACCCUUCCAAGGCCCUCCUGGAUAAGAAGGAGCAGGAGAAGGCUUCCCGGGACAGGCUGAGAGCAGAGAGGGCCGAGCUGCGGCGGCUGGAGGUGGAGAGGAAGAGAAGGGAGCAGGAAGAGCAGAGGCGGCUGCAGCAGGAACAACUGGAGAGGGCAGAGAAGAUGAAGGAGGAGUUGGAGCUGGAGCAGCAGAGACGUGCAGAGGAGAUCCGCCUAAGGAAACAGAGACGGGAGGAAGAGCUGCAGCGGCAGGAGGAGGAGGAGAGAAGGCAGCAGCUCCAGCGGCAAGCGGCCCAGGAGAGAGCCCGGCAGCAGCAAGAGGCGUUCCGGAGGAAGCUGCAGGAGCUACCAAGGAAUCUGCAUGCCACCCAUUCACAAACCAAGCUCUGGAAUAUUCUUCCCCAAGCCUCCCCCUUUUCUGUAGAGGCAGAGAAGCAGAGGCAGAAGGAAUUGGAAAUGCAGCUAGCAGAAGAACAAAAACGCCUGAUGGCGAUGGCUGAGGAGGAACGGCUGGGGGAGCAGCGGCAGAAACAGGAAGCAGAAGAGAAGGCUCUGCUGGAGGCAGAGGAGCGGAGGCAGGAGGAAGAGGAGGCAGCAAGGCUGGCGCUGGAGGAAGCCACGAAACUAGCCCAGGAACAAGCCAGGCAAAAAGCUGCUUUGGAGAAACAUCUUCAUUUCCAGCAAGAAUUUCAUAAGGAAGCCAGGGGCCUGCAAUGGACACACAACAUUUCCAGACCAUGGGUUUACUCUUAUUUCCAGUUCCUACAGAUACCCAGGCCUUAAAGCUAGAAGAAAACUAAAAAGAAAUGCGCUUCUACAAGCCAGAAAUUGAGCUUAAUUUGGACUCUGUAUUGCAGUGCUACUGGACUUACUGGGAUUUGAUGCUCUUUUUAACUCCUUAAUGUAAAUGCAGACAGAAAUAAAAUGGCUAAAA